GAGCGAAGUGGAGCAACAAGUGUCUACGGCCAUGAGAACUAUGCUCUCAAAGUCUUCAUGGACAAUGAGUUUGAGCUACUGUAUGUGGUUAUCUAUCAGAAGAUAUUACAGCUCUCCUACAUAGACAAGUUCUUGUCAGAUAUCCAGAGGAAGUUCAGAGAAAUGUACCUCAAUGAUCUGAGGCUGAAAAAUUACUUCAAGAGCUUUGAAUUCACUGCUGAGUACAAUAUGAUCCUGCAAGCGGUGGAGGCGGAGAGUAAGCUGCUGCGGAGCCUUCCGCAGCGGCCACGGACAUUCCAGGAGAGCAGCAAGUCUAAGAAGACCAUUGAUUCCAUGGUGGAGCACAAGGGUCGGCUCUUCAGUCUUCAGCCAACAGCUGAAAAUGUUAGCAAGAAAAAAAAGAAGAAGAAAGGCAAGGGUGACAAGCUGGCUAUCAAACAAGAGUGCAAUAACAACAAUAAUACUGCAAACACCGGCAAGGGAUCUCAAAUGCAGCUGCAGAAUGAUAAUGAAGAGGAUGAUGAGGGUAAUGAUGAUGAUGAGGAUGAUGACGACGAAAAAAUUGACACGCAGCAGUUGCCAGAUGACAGCGGAGAAGAGCAGCAGUCUCAGCCUCCAGAGCUAACUGCCAUCUCAGACACUCAGGAUUCUGACCGACGUGACAGUGGUGGCGAGAAUGGAAGUAGUUCAGAUGGCCAGGCUGCAGAGGAGGCAGAGAGCAAUGGACAAGCUGUUGUUGGCAACGGCAAUGCUGGUGUCAUGGAAUUGGGCUCAGAUGCCAUCCUGCGUAACCGGCAGAUGCUCUUCCAGGGCAAGCUUGUCAUGAAGAAAAAGGCCAACAAGCAAAACAAGCAACCCAAGAAGGGUAAAGAGGCGCGAGUGUGGGAUCUCGCCAACACGGACAGCUCCUCGCUGGACUACUCCCGCAAGGGCGGGGACAACAGCGCCCCUAGCAGCCUCUCAGGCCCCCGUCCUGACUACCUCCCGGACUCUGGGCAGAUCGGCACGCUGGCGGGCAGUCUCCGGAAUAUGGACGUCCCAGCGGAGACGAAGAAAACAGGCCUGUUCUCGCUGUUCCAAUCCCUGGUGAGCGGCAAGACGCUGGACGCGAGCGACGUGGCGCCGGUGCUGGAGAAGUUCCGCGACUUGCUCAUCGCCAAGAACGUUGCUGCUGAGAUCGCCUCCAAGCUCUGCUCGAGCGUUGAGACCAAGCUCAUUGGCAAGCACGUGGGGAGCUUUGAAGGCGUGACGUCAGUGGUGCGUGCGACGCUCACCGAGUCGCUCAUGUUGCUGCUCACGCCCAAGCGUCGCCUCGACAUCCUUAGGGACGUCAGGGAGGCGCAGCACAACCGUAAGCCCUACGCCAUUACUUUCUGCGGCGUCAACGGCGUCGGAAAGUCUACCAAUCUCGCCAAGGUGAGCUUUUGGCUUAUCGAGAACAACUUCCGCGUGCUGAUCGCGGCGUGCGACACGUUCCGUGCUGGUGCCGUCGAGCAGCUGCGCACCCACGUGCACCACCUCAACGCCCUGCACCCUCCUGAGAAGCAUGGCGGCAAGACAAUGGUGCACCUCUACGAGCAGGGUUACGGGAAAGACGCUGCAGACAUCGCGCGCAUGGCAAUCGACCACGCACGCAAGCACACGUUCGACGUGGUGCUCAUCGACACGGCCGGUCGCAUGCAGGACAACGAGCCGCUAAUGCGCGCCCUGGCUAAGCUAAUCCUUGUGAACGAGCCCGACCUGACGCUGUUCGUGGGCGAGGCGCUUGUUGGCAAUGAAGCCGUCGACCAGCUCGUCAAGUUCAACAAGGCCCUCGCCAAUCACUCGAAUGCAACCAACGCCAACACCCACAUGAUAGAUGGCAUCCUCCUCACAAAGUUCGAUACUAUCGACGAUAAGGUGGGCGCAGCGAUUUCGAUGACGUACAUCACUGGACAGCCGAUCGUGUUUGUGGGCACUGGCCAGACGUACGCCGACCUCAGGAACCUCGACGCCAAAGCAGUGGUUCACUUGCUCAUGCAGUAAUUGUGCUUCGGCCACACGCCUGAGACCAUACACCCGUAUUUGUCUGCAACGUCUCGGGAAUAAUCUCGAUGAUGAAAUACAUCAAUCUCGUUUGAAAACUGAACUAUCAAUGAAAACAAAAAUCCGUCACUAUGUUGCCUUGGUUGAUUCUAAACGUUUUGUCCUUUAGGGUACAUUUCUUUACCUUUUCAUAUUUUCUAGUAUCUAGCGAGGACCCUACACAGGUUCAUAUUUUAAAUAAUCAUUUGACUGUUCAAUACACACCAUCAAGUUUGCUGUCUAUCACUUUCGCUUAACAUGAUGGAGGUGUAUUCAUUGGCACUAAUUAUGACUAUUCGUUUGCAGCAGUUAACUGUCUUGCUUCACAGGGGGAAAUGCAAUGCAAGUAAUUACAUUUUGUUGUUUGAAUCAACCUUGUUCAUCAUGCAUUUCACGCCUCUCGUAACACCUGGAUUAGCCGUUAGCGUUGGAGUUGGUUUGAACUAAAUCAUUUUCCUGUUCGAUCAAGAACUAGAAGAGAUUCUUAUAUGCCUGAUUACGGUUUACACAUUUGUGCUUCGGCACGACUUUCGUAAAAUAUAUCAUAAAUGCAA